CCCAGCAACUCAUUACCUUUUCCAAUACAAUCCAUAACUGAAGCGCGUUGUGUCCCGUGAGCUGCAGCAGCCAAGUUGUUCCUCGGCGUUUAUCUCCACUCGGACAAAGACAAGGGAACAUGGCCGUGGCCAAUUUCCACUACAUUACUCGGAUGAGCAGUGGCUUUAAGGUGUAUAUUUUAGAAGGUCAGCCCCACCUCAGAAGUGAAGACAGGUACAGACAUAUUACAAAUGACCGGGUCCGAGCCCCAACAGUGUAUCCAGUCAAACGCAAGCGCAGCCACGAGAGAGGUCUCACAUUGGAGGAAAGGCGAGAGCGAGUGCUGAGCAGGAGCGGUGGCAAAGUAGCCCAGAGAACAGCACCGGCUGUGUUCAGCAACCCGCAGAGCCCCACAUCCACCUGGAGUCCAACACCCAGCCCCACCAGCCCCCUGCCCGCACAUGUGUACUACACACCAGCCAUGGACGAACCCCUUGCCCUCAUCAAGAAACCAAGAAAAGACCCCGAAAACACAGAGGAGAAGUCCAAAAGCAACGCUCCAACCCAAAUCCAGAUGCGUCCCUCUGUGAUCACUUGUGUCUCCUCAUUAAGAAACCCCUCCUGCAGAUCCGAGGUCCACAGAGGCCACUCAGCAGCGGCUUCCGAAAGCAACUAUGACCACGUGGUGGAGGAGCAUUUCCAGAGGAGUCUCGGGGUGAACUACCAGAGGGCUCGCUCCCAGCAGCUCUCCAUCAGCGUGUCAGUCGAUGACCACUUUGCCAAGGCCCUGGGGGACAAGUGGCUGCAGAUUAAAUCCAAGUCUUCCUCCUGUUCUUCCACACCCCCCAGCAGUCCGAGUGUUACCCACUCCCCCGCCCACAGCCACAGCCCGAAUCAGUCCCACAAAGAGUCCGCCGGCAGCUCCUCGCCGACUUCCAGCCGCUGGUCCAUCAAAUAGGGUAGAAAAGACCUCUGAUAUGGGAGAAAACUUUUAACAUUUCACUGCGUGCAGUUCUGCUUGUCGAGCAAUGGAAAUAGCCCGCGCUAGUGUUGAGUGGGCAAGCCGACAGAUGCGGGAUGGCUGUCACACCGGAUCGCUGUGUGUUCAAAUCUAAGACACACUGACACCGACAAAUGUAGCAACUAGUUUAUUCUCUGCUUGUCAAUAGCAUCUGAAUACCUGAGAUACUGUAGGUGGUGAUGUGGGAUGAUUGAAAAGUCAGCCAAAUAAUCCUUUACAUUUCUUUGAUUUUGUGUCAUUCUUACAGUCUGAAUGUCGCAGUUUCACUGUAUUAUAUUUAUAUUCUGAUGCACCUGGGUUCCUUAUAGUCUAAAUGACUAAUGUCUUAAUGACCUAUCUUCUGUAUAAUAUUGUGAUUGUGGAAAGACCUUAAAGAAUAAAAAUACCAAAAAUCCUAACGUA